AUGGCUUCGACCGGAGUGAACGUGCGUGUUAUCCUCCCCCGAUAUGGCCGCUCGACCGUCUCCCAAACCCGAGCUAUCGACGACAUCGGCGAAUGGACUUUCAACUUUCGAGCGGCACAAUCGAAUUGCAUUGUUCUGCGGUGGUCCGCCCUCGGCCUGGGUAUCUUUUACGGCUUCACCCACCAGCGAGCGAUUACUGCUUCCCAAAGGGCUGAGCACGCGCAGCACGAGUACGAGAAGAAGGAGAAUCUCAUCAAGCAGGCCAAGGCCGAGUUUGCCAAGAAGAAGAACCCUUCAUCUGGUGAUGAUGUUAUUACCGACCCUUCAGACCCCAAGUUCGAUCUUGAGAAACUGCUGUUGAAGGUCCAGAAGGAGAGCCCUUAG